AUGUCGGACUCUGUAGACCGCGUCUUCGUCCAUGCCCUCAAUACCGUGAAGCGGAUUCCCCGGACGGGAACCGCGCGCCCUCCCGCCGCCGAGCGCCUGAAGCUUUAUGGCUUGUACAAGCAGAGCAUGGAGGGGGAUGUCGAGGGUGUGAUGGAUCGUCCGAUUGGGAAUACUCCCGAGGUUCAUGGUGAAUGUGAGAAGUGGUAUGGCAACCCUGUCCUGGCACUCCAGAUGCUGGAUGCUGAUCGAUCGCUGACUUCAACUGUGUCCAGGGAUGCAUGGUAUGCCCAGCGCGACACGUCGCGCACCGAAGCCAAACGCCGCUAUAUCUCCACCUUGAUCGAUACAAUGCACCAGUACGCAUCGCAGACGCCCGAAGCACGCGAAUUAGUUUCAGAGCUGGAGUUUGUCUGGGAUCAGAUCAAAUUCAAUGCCUCCUCGUCCUCUUCUUCUAGUCCGCUGAAUAACGUCGGCGUUCCGCCCUUAUCGCGCAGUGCUUAUGGGAGUAUUGGCAGUCGAUUAGCGCAGUCGACUGAGGACUACGAACGUCCGGACCGCAGGGCGAAUGGGAGUCGUCGAGAUCGCGAUUCCAGGUUACGGGUUCUGAGUCCGGUUAGCCAACCGGAGGAAGAGGAAUACUAUCGACGGAGGUCUAUGGACGAUGAAGAUCAGGACCCUAAUGAUGAUGACGAUGAAGAGGAAGAGUACGAAGAAGCUCGCGAUAGCUUAUAUGAAGACCAGGACCCCGAAGAACCCGAUCAUGCCAGCACCAAUACCAAUACGAAUACUGAGGCGGAGUCCUCCCAUCGGCAUCGCAAACAGGCCUCUGCAAUAAGCAUUGGUAGCAGUCUUCACCGUCGAGAUUCCCAGUCUCAGGGGGACCCUGCCAACCCGCGAAAUAGCCACUGGCGCCGUCGAGUCGAGCAGGCCUUGACGAAGAUGACCGCUGAGAUUGCUGCCGUCCGGGAGCAGAUGGAGGCGCGUUCGGUUUCUCACCGCAGGCGCUCGGGUCUCUGGGCUUGGGUCAAGUGGGCGUUGUGGAUUGCUGUGCGGCAGAUCAUAUGGGAUCUGGCUAUGCUCGGCGCAUUAUUGAUCUGGAUGCGAUUACGUGGUGAUCGUCGUGUUGAAGCUCGACUCAAGACGGGCUGGGCUGCAUUGAAGGCUCGGCUAGGGAAAUUGAGGGUUACGAGAGUUGACAUGCCUAUCUUGCCUUGA